GUUUCUUGUUUUCUUAUGUAUCUGAAAACAGAGAGGCGGAAAGAAACCAGAGAGAGGAAGAGAGAGAGACAGCUAUCUUGUCUCUCUUCUUUGUCACCGGCAGCGUGGAAGAACAGAACAGAGAAAUGGAUUUCAGGGGAGAGCGAGAUCACACGGCCACAGGGGAUGCUCAAGUUACUUAGCCCAAGAAAAAAGCCAGGCCAUUGGAACAGACAAGAGAUGUUCAAGAGAUAAGAAGGCGAUGCAAUGGGCAAUUGCGUGGGCGCUCGUUGGAAGAAACGCAAGUUCCUGACCUCAAAAGGGCUCUGCGGCAGAAGCAUACAUCUUCCCAUUACUAUCAAAGGCAAGUCAUCGGAUCCUCUGAGUCCGGUGAUUCCUCCACUAAGUGAAAAGAAGUGUGAACGCAUAACUCUCUGCACUCCAAUAUCUGAUGUUGACAUACUCUCAUCGUCUCAUUUGAAGUCAUUCACAUAUCACGAGCUCAAGAACGUAACGAGAAACUUCCAGAAUCUUAUCGGCGAAGGAGGGUUUGGGCGUAUUUAUCUAGGUUGGAUUGACCUGCAAACUCUAUGUGCCACAAAGCCCGGGAACGGGACAGCUGUUGCCGUUAAGAAGCUAAGGCCGGAGGGCUUUCAGGGCCACAAGGAGUGGAUGUCCGAGGUUAGAUAUUUAGGUCAACUUCAUCACCCAAAUCUGGUCAAACUGUUUGGAUACUGUCUUGAUGGGGGUAAUCAGCUCUUGGUCUAUGAGUACAUGCCAAAACUAAGUCUGGAUGAUCAUUUAUUUCGAAAAGGAGAUAAACCACUUUCUUGGGAGAUGAGGAUGAAAGUUGCGAUAGGAGCUGCCCGGGGGCUAUCCUGUUUGCAUGACUCAGAGCAGCAUGUGAUAUUUCGUGAUCUCAAGGCUUCUAAUAUCCUCUUAGAUACGGAUUACAAUGCGAAACUUUCUGAUUUUGGUCUUGCAAAGGCAGGUCCGACCGGCGACCAUAGCCAUGUUACUACUCAAGUAUUGGGCACACGCGGUUAUGCCGCCCCUGAAUAUAUCGCAACAGGGAAGCUCACAGUGGGGUGCGAUGUGUACAGCUUCGGAGUGGUUUUGCUAGAGCUGCUCUCAGGGCGGAGAGCUGUUGAUAAGACAAAAGUGGGUGCGGAGCGGAAUCUCGUGGAGUGGGCGACGCCCUACUUGGGAGAUAAGUGGAAAUUGUUCCGUAUAAUGGACAUCACAUUAGAAGGUCAGUACCCUCAGAAAGAGGCAUUCAAGGUUGCAGUUCUUGCCUCGGAGUGUCUAGGGGAUGCCAAACUCCGGCCUUCUAUGGCCGAAGUUUUGGCUUGUCUCGAGAGGAUAUGUGGCCUUAAGGAGGGUAAAGACCGCCCCGGUAAAUCUGAUAGACCUCAGCCCAUUUCAACCCCGAGCCCAAGGUCUCCUCCAGGGCACCAACCCCAUCAUCAUCGAUCUCCAGCUAAUCAAACACCUGGGGAAACAUCCCCUUUUGCACCUGAAGUUAAAUCUUCGCUUCCAGAAUCCCUUCCGUGAACAUGACUAGAUAGAAUUGCGUGUUGCAUGGAGGUUUCUUGGGAAGCAUAUUUGCAUACCUUUUGUUUUUGACAUAGAAAACAGAUGUACAGUCUUGACUCUCUUUGCCAUAGGAAAGCCAGUACAUAUAUUGUUCGUCA